GAACAUAAUACAUCUGAUGUAUACAGGUUACUUAAUCAACUGAUUUGUAUGAAUUAUAAUUGAUAACGCGCUAGCACGUUAUCAAGCAAUUGUAUCACAUUAUUUUUAUAUGUAACAAACGUGAUUGUUUAUACAUGAUUAUUUGUCACAAUCAUGAUACGAUUUGUAUAACUUGUUAUAUUUCUCUCAGAGACACAUCAAGUUUUUCUCAAGAGCAAAAUGUCGGACGAAGUAAAGACCUUGUUGAAGGAAGCUCGUGAAUCCUUCAAGCAGAAUGAACAUCUAGAAACUAUGAAGAAAUGCAAAAAGAUCCUGAAGAAGGACAAAAACAAUUAUACGGCAUUACUUUUGUUAGCACGUGCCAUGCAGGAAGUAGAAGAAUUUAAAUCGCAAGUUGCCUUGGUUCUUCAAAAAGCAGUGGAAGUGCAACCCGGCAAUCCAUUAGCUUGGCAAGGUCUGGUGGCGUACUAUGAAAAAGGACAAUCGCAGAACAAUGGAAAUUUGGAAAAAUUAGCUACAGCUUAUUGCAAGCUCUUGCAAUUGGAUAGUGACUCUCCCAAGUUUACCUCCUUUGUAAACAAAGUUUCUGAAAUUGGACUAAAAACAAAAGACGAUGAGGUGCUGUCUGAGAUAUUAGAUACAAUGAGCGUAAUACGAAACACUUCAACCAAGGAGAAGAGAAGUUUGAUUGAGAAAACUCUAGCUUGGAUGUUGACAGAACAUUCUAAUCAUACAACACACAAACACCGAGAACUUUAUGAAAGUAUAUUGGCAUCUGUGAUAAAUGAUACCGAUCUGAUGAACAGACAGGAGUAUUACCGGAAAUAUUUAAAGAUCUUGUACGAUUCAAGCAAGUUGGCAGUCCUUUUGGAAACAGCUCAGGACAUGCACAUGCAAUUUCCAGAAGAUGUUUAUCCCUUAGAAUUUAUAUGCCGAGUCUAUUAUGAGGAAGGAAUACUGGAUGGACAUGUAUUUGAGAUCGAUAUAGCUCGUUAUUACGAAUCUCUCUUAAAAUUGAAAGUGAAUUCUGAAGCUGCGUUCAUCGCAAGGGCUGUGCACUUGAGAAGCACCGACAAACUAGUUAAUUCCCGUGAGUGUUUAACUCACGUGAUUUCCGCGUUAAACGCGCAGUCGUUUUAUGCUUGGUUAAUGUUGAGCCAGGUUUACUAUAAGCUUUAUUGCUGGGAGGAAACCGAGAACGCUUCCAGACAAGCGCUGCAAUUAAUGAAACCACGUUUGAAAGAUAAGCUUCAGCUCAGUAUUAAGUUGAGAUUACUCGAAGCGAUGAGCAGAAGUAGCAACAAGCAAAAGUUGACGGAGGCGCGACAGAUGUGCGAGGAGUUGUUAAAGGUCGAUUCUUCCGUACAAGUGCAACUGAUACACACGCGGAUAAACGUAUUACUGAACGAACGCGAUGUUGUCGCUACAUUAGACGAUCUCGAGUCUCGGGAGGAGACUAAGAUCCAAGCUGUUAUUUUCAAAGCGUUGCGCUUGUGGAAACGUAAACAAUAUGAGGAAGCCAUUAACGCCCUCGAGCUAGCUUUGGAGGAUUCGGAGGCUUGGUUACUGUUUGGUAAAAUUUACUGGGACAUGGACGAUUAUAAUCACAGCUUGAUGGCUUUUCUGAAUGGCAUGCAAGCUGAUCGCAAUAACUGGGAAUGCUUGCUGUAUCUUGGACAUUAUUAUCGCGAACACGGUAACGACAUCGAACGCUCGAGGAAAUGUUAUCACGCCGCGUUGCAGAUCAAUCCGAAUUCCGAAGAGGCCGGCAUCGGAUUGAGCACUGCUUAUCGACUUCUCAAGAACACUGACGCUAACAUACAGCUAUUGCAAAGAGUAACCAUGCAGGGCAAUGGGCCGAAGUGGGCGUGGCUGCAAUUAGGCUUGCAUCACUUGGAUCAAGGUGACGCCGAGCAGGCCAUCAAGGCAUUACAGCAUGUGAUCCGAGCCGAUCCUAACGACAAUCACAGCUGGGAAUCUCUGGCGGACGCGUAUUUAGCGCGUGGCGCGCACACAUCGGCACUGAAAUCUUAUCAACGCGCGUUAGAACUGAGCCCGGAGUCUUUGUAUCCUCUGAUACAACUUGCGCAUAUUAAAGUGCUCAUUGGCCAGCAUAAGGAAGCCAAGGAGGAUUUCGAAAGUAUAUUGCAACACGAGAAAAAACAUAUUUUUGCAUUGAAAGGCCUGGCUCAGGCGUGUUUGGGUCUGGCGAAAGAAAAUAUCGCUAAGCAGUUUCUGUGCCGCGCGCGAGAAAAUCUGCAACAAGCGGCGGAUAGUCUGACAGAUGCUGUUAUGGUACGCGGCGAUUUGUCUUGCACUUGGAAAUUGUUCGGCGAUGUGUGCUACAAACUGACUACUUUGCCCGAAAAGUAUUGCUAUCUAGAAGUUAAGCGUAUUUUAAUGAAAUUCGACAAUAUCGACAAUAUCGACGAGCACGUGAUAAUAAAAGGGAACGAGAUAGUCACGCUCUCAGUCAGAUGGUUUUGUCGCGCGCUAUCGAUCACACCGAAUUCCGCAUUGUUGUGGCACGAUCUGGCGUGCUGUUACUUGAUGCAACUAAAUCGCAAUUUCACAAACGACAAAACUGAUGUAGCGGCCAAGUGUCUAGCUGCUGCGAAACAUGCCGUCAAACUCCACCCGCAUUCGUGGCUCCAUUGGAACGUUCUGGGUGUUGCUUGCAUGUCGCCUCAUAUAAAAAAUUAUGCUCUGGCGCAACAUUGUUUCGUCAUGGCGAUCGAUCGAGAAUUAAAUAACGCUGUGGCUUGGAACAAUUUGGGAACGUUGUAUCUACAGUUAGGAGAUCUUUAUAAAGCUAACGAGGCGUUUUCUCGAGCCCAACGCGCGGAUCCUAGCUACAUGAACAGCUGGAUCGGUCAGGGAUUCAUUGCGGAGUCGCUGGCGAAACCUUUGAGGAAGGAAGCGAUGGAUCUGUUUCGACAUUCCACACAGUUGGGCUAUCACAAUCAGGCGGCUUUGGGCUACGCUCACUCGGUACUCACGACUCUUCUGGAUCCCGCAAAGGAAAAGGAUCCGCUGUUCGUUUACGCUAUCGAGAACAUGCACGCGGUACCCGCGGCGACCGACGCUAUGACUUGGUACACAGAACGCGAACCGAACGAUGUACACGCUCUGAAUACCUACGGUUUAUUAUUGGAGCGACAAAAAUUGUACAAUACGGCGGCCAAACAAUUCGUCACGGCUUUAGAGUUAACUCAGGACGAAGAUGAAAGAGAUAUACUAUCCGUCAAUUUGGCACGUGUUCUGAUUCAGAUCGGAGAACACGAGAAAGCGGUGAAGUUGUGCAGACAAGUAAAAUGCGUGACUUUCAUCUCCCAGUAUCACUUAGCGUUGUCCUUGUUCAAAGCCAAACAAUACGAGGAAUCGUACAACUCGUACGAAACAGCCUUGCAUUGGCUGGCGGAUACCGAGGAUCACAAGGCGAACGUUUUGUGCGCAAUGGCCGCGAUCGCUCAUAUCUUUCAAGGCGCGGACGCUGUCAAGACUCUGCUGUUUCAGUGCAUACAAAUUGAACCGCCUUCCGUAGUUGGUUUCUUGGCAACCGCCGCUCUGGGUAUUUUGCAUGACGACUUCAAUCUGGCUUCUUUGGUGUUGAAAGAACUGAAACGGUACGAAGAUCAUCCCGAAUACGGUCAUCAUGUCGUCACACUGUUCGCGUACUAUCACGUCAAACAGAAAAAUCUCACCGAAGCUAUUCGAAUUCUUUCCAAAGCUAUUUUCAGACAUCCCAACGAUAUCAGAUACUGGGUGCGUCUCGUCCGGAUCUCGUUGUUGGACACGAAUUUGGAAAUCUUCCGUAAAUCUGCCCAAGCAGCGUUGGUUCUGAGCAGAAACACGUCCAUGACUGAUAUUGCGUAUGUCGCUUGCGCGUCGGCGUACGGCAACCUCGGCACUGCUAAGGGUCUGAGACAGGCUCAGAAAAACAUAUUUACAUAUCCCGCGAACGUUGAGAGCUGGAUUAAUUUUAGUGCCGCUCUGAUAAACAGAGGCGAUGAUAAGAAUUUCAAGAUCGACAGUAAAUGGAUGCUAUCUUUGAUAUCUAUAAUGAGAUCGCAAUUUCCGACUUCCGAAGAUACGUCGCGCUGGUUGCACGAUAUUGCGCAAAAAAUUAAGUCUCUCUCUUAAGUUAUUGAUUUGCGAAUUGUGGUUUAAGAAUACUGAGAUUAUUUUUAAUAUUUUAGAAAUAUGUAAUAUGCUUUCUUUGUACUGUAAAGUGUAUAAUAAGUCAAUAAAUGGCGCAAUUUUACAUA